UGUUUUUAGAACUGAAAACACAAAGAGCAUUUAAAGUACAGGCUUGGUUAGGGAUACGUUGUUGGUGAGCGCUUGAAGAGGAUUUCUUUAUAAAAACAAUUAAUUGUUCCAUUAGAGUUUUUGUAUGUGUAGAAGAAUUGUUAGAGCACCUGGUUCUCCACAUGUAUCAAUAGUUACCCUUUUAUUUAUCAGUUUGAUGAACAUCUGAAAAGAAAUGGGUCCUCGUACAGCAGACAGUACUUCUAAGAAUGAAAAAGCCACUAAGAGUGGGAGCUGUGUUGGUCCAGCAAGACCCAGGCUAAGAAGCAGCAGCGAUGGAAGCAUUUACACCAGAAGAACAGUUGGUGACCGCAGUUCUUUCUCUUCCCUCACACUCUCCAACCCUAAAUCAGUCCUGAGAAGACCAGUGAGCACAGAGGAACUGCAAACACCAGGCGGCCCCUACAUUAAGAAAACAUUCACAAUUGUGGGUGAUGCAGUGGGAUGGGGGUUUGUGGUUAGAGGAAAGCAGCCAUGCUACAUUCAGGCUGUGGAGCCAUUUGGUCCAGCUGCUGCUGCUGGGAUGAAGGUACGACAGUUUGUGGUCUCUGUGAAUGGUCUCAAUGUUCUCGAUCUGGACUACAGGACAGUCAGCCACCUGAUCCUCACUGGACCCAGAACUGUAGUGAUGGAGGUGAUGGAGGAAAGAGACCACUGGGGAGAAGAAGAAAUGCAAUUUACUCAAGAAUCAAACUAGAGAAUAGUUACCAUGUGUUGAGAGGCAGGAUAGGUUCUUUUUAGAUUACAGGUUUGAAUCAACUUUGUAGCGCAGUAUUUUAACAAAGACGCAUGGGAUCUUGUGUUAUGAAAAUUAGAAAAUUCAGUCUUAGAUGAAUACAUCGGCCAAUUCACCAACAACCUGAUGAUUUAGUCCAAGAGUUCAAUUAUUGUCAUUUAUGGCAUUAAGAAUUGGUACAAUGUUUAAAUUCAAGCCUUAAAAUUGUUGGAACGGGUUCUGCAGAAGAAUGAAAUGCAUUGUAUUUCACUGGCAGCUAAAAGGUUAUUGGAAUAUCUGAAACAAUAAAUAGCUCAUAUGUCUUUAAA